UCACAGGCUCAUUUCAAACCACACAUUCAAACUAAUAACUCUCAAAAACUGAGAGCAGAAGAGAGUAGAGGAGAAACAAAUGUCCAUAUCCAUGGCGCUAUUCUCUCCGCCGAUCUCUUCUUCAGUUCAAAACCCCAAGAUCUCGUUCCCUCUCCUCUCCACCAAGCGCUUCUCUCUCCUCUCCGUCACUCGCGCUUCCUCCGAUUCUGCUGCAGUCUCUGCAACCACCGUAGAGAUUCCGAAGCCCGCGUCGGUUUCUGUAGAGGAGGUGCCAUCUAAACCUCCUGCGGAAAGCUCCUCCGACGAGACUGAUCUGCCAACCACGGCGACGGGAAUCAAGUUUCAGGAUGCGAAGUGGGUUAAUGGAACCUGGGAUCUGAAACAGUUCGAGAAAGACGGGAAAACCGAUUGGGAUUCUAUUAUCGUCGCUGAGGCAAAGAGGAGAAAGUGGCUUGAAGAUAACCCAGAAACAACUACUAACGCUGAGCCUGUUCUUUUCGACACCUCGAUCAUUCCAUGGUGGGCGUGGAUGAAGAGAUACCAUCUACCAGAAGCUGAACUCCUCAAUGGUCGUGCUGCGAUGAUAGGGUUCUUCAUGGCUUACUUUGUUGACAGCCUUACCGGAGUAGGACUUGUUGAUCAAAUGGGAAACUUCUUCUGCAAAACACUCUUGUUUGUGGCUGUAGCUGGAGUUCUUUUCAUCCGCAAGAACGAAGAUUUAGAUAAGCUCAAGGGUCUGAUCGAAGAGACGACGCUAUAUGACAAGCAAUGGCAAGCGGCUUGGAAAGAGCCGGAAUCAUCAUCAUCGACGCUUUCUUCAAAGAAGUGAACAAAAUCUUUCUCGCUUUUUGUUUCCUCUUUUCUCAUGUGAUGUUUGUGAUCAGUGAAAAAAGUCUCAAGAUAAACGCAAAAUCUAUUUGGCUUUGAAAAAAUCUCUUUAAAGUAGUCCCAAAGAAAUUAGUGCAGAGAAACUAAGGAAGGUCAUUGACUUUGUAAAACAGAUCUCUUCCUUUAACUAACUCUAAGAUGCUUUGAUUUGCUUAA